AUGAAAAUCAUUUCUUGGAAUGUUUGUGGAUUUGGAAACAAGGAUGCUAGAAAUCAUCUUAACAUGCUCAUUAAAACUCAAAACCCUGACAUAAUUUUCUUGUGUGAAACCAAAAAUCAGUCAAAGAGAAUGAGCUACUUACUAAAGAGAUUCAAGUAUCCAAACAUAACCCUUUUAGAUUCUAUAGGCCUUUCAGGAGGGUUAUGUAUCUUAUGGAAAGAUGGAAUUGAUUUGCAGAUUAUUGAUGCUCAAAUGAAUAUGAUAAACUGCACUGUCAAACUUGAUAGUCAAAAUAACAGUAGCAUGUUGACUUGUAUUUAUGGUGCUCUUAAUCCCAGUGACAAGGAGAAUCAAUGGAACCACCUUAGAAACUUAAGGACAACUUAUACUAAUCCUUGGAUUGUUAUAGGAGACCUCAAUUUCAUCUUACAUCAGAAUGAAAAAGAAGGUGGAAAUCCACAUGGUCAAAGUGAUAUUGAUGCUAAUAAUCUACUUUUGGAUAGUAAUAACCUUUUCAGUAUGCCUUAUAUAGGAAAUCCUUUUACCUGGACCAAUAGAAGGAAUGAUAAUAAUCUAAUUCUUGAAAGAUUAGAUGGAGCUGUUAUUUCUUAUGACAAGUUUAAUAUCUAUCCAAAUGUUGUUUUAUAUCACUUAACUGUCUUAGGGAGUGAUCAUUGUCCUAUAAUGCUAAUCACUAGCAAACUGGAAUGCAACACAGAGAAACCCUUUAGGGUGAAUAGGUCCUGGUUCAGAGACCCUACUUGCUCUGAGUUAAUCGAAGCUGAAUGGAAAGGUAAUACUAAUGGCUCUGCUAGUUUUAUCCUUGCUAAUUGUCUACACAACACCAAAUAUUGUCUCAAAAACUGGAAUUAUCAACACUUUGGUAAUAUUAAUUCUCAGAUUUCUAACUUGGAAUUUCAACUGUCUAAUCUUACUAGAACUGUUAGUAAUCACAAUGACAUCAGGGUUGUGGAGCUAACAAGGAAACUAAAGUAUUGGUAUGAUGUUGAAGAAGAUUUUUGGAGGCAAAGAGGUAUUUGGCUUGAUGAUAGACAUGAUAUUGAAACUGAGCUUCUUAGACAUUUCAGUGACAUGAGUAGAACUACACAUCCCCCUAGCUCUGAUACUUAUCUUGAUAGACUUGAAAAUAUCAUAACCGAUCAGGAUAAUCUUAUGUUAACUGAAAUUCCCUCUAGUGAAGAAAUUAAGAAAAUUGUCUUUGAUAUGAAGCCUUGGACCACUCCAGGUCCAGAUGGCUUUCCUCCUGGUUUCUAUCAGUUAAUGUUGGAGACAGUUGGACCUGAAGUGGUUAAAAUGGUAAAAUCUUUUUUCCAUUCUAAAUACAUUCUUAAGCAAUUAAAUCACAACUUCACUAUUCUCAUUCCUAAGAGUAAUUGUCCCAGAAAUGCUGCUGAUUUUAGGCCCAUUAGCCUCUGCAAUGUGUCUUAUAAAAUUAUAUCUAAGUUGCUAGUUUCUAGACUUAAGAAAGUUUUGAACAAAAUUAUAUCUCCUUCUCAGACUGCUUUCAUAUCUGGUAGGCUAAUACAUGAUAAUAUAGUUAUUUCCCAUGAAUUUAUUCAUUCUAUGAAGAAAACUAAGGAUAAAGAUGGUUGUGUAGCUAUCAAACUUGAUAUGUCAAAGGCCUUGAAAGAAUUGAGUGGUCCUUCCUCCUUGAUAGUCUCAAAAAGUAAAGUUUACUAUCCCCAAAGAGGAUUGAGACAAGGAGAUCCCUUGUCUCCACACCUCUUCAUUCUGUGCAUGGAAGCUUUGUCUAGAAUUUUAAUUCAAGUUGAACAUGAUAAGCUCAUCCAUGGGUUUAAGGCCAAUAAACAUUGCCCCUCAAUCUCUCAUUUGUUCUAUGCUGAUGAUUGCCUUAUUUUCAUAAAGGCAAGAAUUAGAGAUGCUAGAAACUUAACUAGUAUUAUUGAUCAAUUUAGCAAAUUUUCUGGGCAAGCUGUUAACUUUGAGAAAUCAGCUCUAGCUUUUAGCAAGAAAGUACCUAACAAUGUCAAAAAUGAGAUAUCCAAUAUUCUUAGAAUUAGGAGAAUGUCUUUAAAUGAAAAAUAUCUAGGUGUUCCUCUUCUUUUACAAAAAAUAAAAUUUGAUUCUUUCAAACAUUUGAUUGACAAUUCUAAGGGUAGACUUGCUCACUGGAAACCAACCUAUCUAGCACCACCAGGAAGAACUGUAAUGAACCAAUCAGUGUUAGGAAGCUUAGCUAGCCAUCACUUAGGUGUUUUUCCUAUGCCAAAGGAGCUUACUGAUAAGCUUGACAGUAUUCAAAUGAGAUUUUGGUGGGGUAAAAAAGAUGGUGAGAAAGAUUGUUUUCCUAAGGGUUGGAUUGACAUAGCUCUUCCAAAAGAGCUAGGAGGUUUGAAUAUCAGGCAAACUGAUAUUUUAAAUCUUACUCUUCUAGCUAAAUUAGCUUGGAGGAUGGUAGAGAAUCCAGAUGAUAAAUGGUCUUGUAUUCUUAGGGGCAAAUACUUUAUGAAUGCUAAUCCUUUGUGUGAUAGUGUGCCUAAACAGGGCUCUUGGAUUUGGAAGGGGAUCUGCACAGGCCUGGACAUAAUUAAAAAAAAUUAUGUCUGGGAAAUUGGUAAUGGUAAAUCUAUACAUAUUUGGAAAGACAAUUGGAUUCCAAAUAUGCACAGACCACCCUCAACUCAAUUAAUUGAUCAUGAUAUGAAGUGCUGGAAAUUGGAAACCAUUAAUGCUCUAUUUGAUAGGAAUACUGUAUCUGAAAUCCUAAAGAUUAGAAUUCCUUUCAAUGGAGAAGAUAAGCUUAGAUGGGAACCAACUAGUAAUGGAAGCUUUACAGUUAAAUCUGCCUACAAAGUCAUUUUAAAUGACAGACUCUUACACAAAUCCAGCAAAAAUAAUAUGAGUAUUAACUGUUCUUUCCAACAAGUAACACCUCUGCAGGCUGAGGCGCAUGCUUUGUUGAAUGCAGUCUUAUGGGCUAAAGGGAAAGGCUGGACAAAGGUGCACUUAGAAGGAGACUCCCUGAACGUGAUCAAUGCAGUAAAUGGUUCUCACUCAGCAGUGAAAUGGACAACACAAAACUUAAUAAAUGAUGUAGUAGACAUUCUUAAUUCCUUUUCAGUUUGGUUGUGCACACAUGUGCACAUGGAUGCAAAUCAUUUAGCUGACAUUCUAGCUAAGUUUGCAAGAUCCAAAUCUGUUUGCUUUCAGUAUUUCUCAGAUACUCCUGAAUGGAUUCAAACUUUGAUCCAACAGGAUAAAACUCUCGUAUAA